AUAAUAAUAAAAUAAACAUAAACAUAAACGGAAAGCAAAACAAAAUCAAAAACAUAAAAAACAGAUGCAGAAGAGUUGAAGCAACUUCAUCGUUUUAAGCUGUCGGGGGUAGCACUUGUAAGGUUUGCCCAGUUUCCGUGCAAAGAAUUGCUUUUGGGCUAUUUUUUUGGUUCCACCAUGCAAACGUGCGCUCCGGGGCGAAGCCCAUCAUGGGUUUCAAGGCGAAGACUUUUGGAGCAGAAAAUAUCCGAACUUCACAAAUGCGGGAAUCUAAGCCAUAUCAAGCAAGUUCACGCCCAAAUUCUCAAAGCCAAUCUCCAACAGGACCUCUAUGUCGCACCCAAACUCGUCGCCGCUUUCUCUCUUUGCCGUCAGCUGGCUCUUGCUGUCAACGUUUUCGAUCAAGUUCAGCAACCCAAUGUGCAUUUGUACAAUACUUUGAUUAGGGCCCAUAUUCAGAACUCUCAGGUCUCGCAGGCUUUUGUCACUUUCUUUGAUAUGCAGACUAAUGGGGUUUAUCCGGAUAAUUUCACCUAUUCGUUUCUUCUGAAAGCUUGUUCGGGGAAAGCUUGGUUUCCUGUGGUUCAAAUGAUUCACACCCACAUUGAGAAAUGUGGGUUUUGUUCGGAUAUAUUUGUGCCCAACUCGCUUAUUGAUAGCUAUUCCAAAUGCGGACCGGUUGGCAUCACGUCGGCUAAGAAGCUGUUCGAGUUAAUGGAUGAGAAGGAUAUUGUUUCUUGGAAUUCCAUGAUUGGUGGGCUGGGGAAAGCGGGCGAAAUGGUUGAAGCUCGCCGCUUGUUCGAUGAAAUGCCGGAGAGGGAUGCGGUUAGUUGGAAUACGAUGUUGGAUGGAUACGCAAAGGCCGGGGAUAUGAGUGAGGCGUAUAAAUUGUUUGAGAAGAUGCCCGAGAGGAAUAUAAUCUCAUGGUCGACUAUGGUUUCGGGCUUUAGUAAAGCUGGGGACAUGGAUAUGGCAAAGGCAUUGUUCGAUACAAUGCCUUUCAAGAGCUUGGUUCCUUGGACCAUAAUAAUAUCUGGGUAUGCUGAAAAAGGGCUUGCCAGUGAGGCAAGCAAGUUGUAUGAUCAAAUGGAGGAAGCUGGACUAAAGCCUGAUGACAGCACCCUAAUAAGUAUUCUAGCUGCUUGUGCAGAGUCUGGUUUGCUUGGAUUGGGAAGGAAAGUUCAUGCUUCGAUUGAGCGGACUAGAUUCAAAUGCAGUACUCAAGUUUCUAAUGCUUUGGUUGAUAUGUAUGCAAAGUGUGGUUGCUUGGACAAGGCAUAUGCAGUCUUUGAUGGGAUUGCAAAGAAAGAUUUGGUAUCUUGGAAUGCCAUGCUCCAAGGAUUAGGCAUCCAUGGACAUGGUAAGCAAGCGCUUCAGCUUUUUGCUAGGAUGAGACAAGAAGGGGUUUUUCCGGACAAAGUAACCUUUAUUGCAAUCCUAUGUGCUUGUACCCAUGCAGGUUUUGUCAAGGAGGGCCUUCAUUACUUCCAUAUAAUGGAGAAAGAGUAUGGGAUUACUCCUCAAGUUGAGCAUUAUGGUUGUGUAAUUGACCUUUUGAGUCGUGGGGGACGGCUUGACGAAGCCUAUAAACUUGUGAAUAGCAUGCCAAUGGAACCAAAUUGUGUUAUUUGGGGUACCCUUUUGGCAGCAUGCCGAGUGCAUAACGCUGUGGAGCUUGCAGGAGAGGUGCUUGAUGUACUGGUUAGAUUGGCACCAUCAGAUCCAGGAAGUUUUUCUAUGCUGUCAAAUAUUUACGCUGCAGCUGGUGAUUGGGGUGGUGUCGCCAGUGUGAGGCUGCGAUUGAGGAGUACAGGGGUCCAAAAACCUUCAGGGGCUAGUUUGAUCGAGCUGGAUAAUGAGGUCCAUGAAUUUACAGUGUUUGAUGAAUCACAUCGUCAAUCGGAUAAAAUAUAUCAGAUGAUUGAUAGACUGAAUCAGGAUCUUAAGCAAGUUGGAUAUGUUUCAAGCGUACAAUGCCAAUAGAAGAUUAUAGGCACAUCCUCUAACUUGCCGAUAGAAGAUUAUAGGCACAUCCUCUAACUUAAAGUAGUGGGAACAAUUCUGUAAACCUUGUAUCAAACAACAUUCCAAAGAAAAAUUUCUGACAAAUACUGUUAUGCUUUGUUGAAGGGCAUGAAUCACUAUAUGGUGUACCUUUGAGUAGAGGAAGGGUACUAUUCAUCUGAAGGAUAGAAAUUGUAGUUCCUCUUUUUAAUAUGUAUAGGCCAUUCAUUUGAUCGGUUAAAUGGAUCUGUAUUGUUAUUUGUCAUUCAUAUUUUCCUCAAGUGUUAACUCUAAUCCUUUUGGCUCCGAUGGGUCGGAAAGCUUCAUGUAUCAAAGUGAUUUCUGCUUUUCUAGUCUUGACCUGAGUUUCCCUUCUUA